GUCUUCGUGGAGUGGUGCACCACAGUCGAGGAGUUUAAAUAGUUAGGGCUUGAAAAGGCAGGAAGGUACGAUGGCUUCCUCAUCUGGCAACGAUGAUGAUCUCACUAUCCCCAGAGCUGCUAUAAAUAAGAUGAUCAAAGAGACUCUCCCUAACGUCCGGGUGGCUAACGAUGCCCGAGAGCUGGUUGUGAACUGCUGCACUGAAUUCAUUCACCUUAUAUCUUCGGAAGCCAAUGAGAUUUGCAACAAGUCGGAAAAGAAGACAAUUUCGCCAGAGCAUGUCAUACAAGCACUAGAAAGUUUGGGCUUUGGCUCUUACAUCAGUGAAGUAAAAGAAGUCUUACAAGAAUGCAAGACAGUAGCACUGAAAAGAAGAAAGGCCAGUUCUCGUUUGGAAAACCUUGGCAUUCCUGAAGAAGAAUUGUUGAGACAGCAACAGGAAUUAUUUGCAAAAAACCAGCCUGAACCUGUACCUUUCUUGGGUGUAGGUCCCCACAGGCUAGACAACAACAAGCAGAAUUGGCCCAACAGGAAUGGCUUCAAAUGCAGCAAGCUGCCCAACAAGCCCAGCUUGCUGCAGCCUCAGCUAGUGCAUCCAAUCAGGCAGGAUCUUCUCAAGAUGAAGAAGAUGAUGAUGAUAUCUGAAAUUCACCAUCUCGGCUUUUGUUUCCUCUAUAAGAAAACAGUGAAAGAAAUGCUUAUCUGAAAUUUUGUAUGCAUCUUGGUGGACUUACCAUUGGUAUUCUAGAGACGUCUGCUGUCAAGUUUCAACUACUGUGCUAUACUUGUAAAAUUAUCUCUUUGAACUAUUGAAAAUUUAAGGUUCAGUAUAAGAUCAGCUUUGAUUUUGUAACGGUGUUUCUGGAAUCUAAGAGCAGUGUGAACCCUUUAUUUGGCCAAUAAACAGUAUUACAGAAAGCAUCAGGUUUAUAAAAAUGCAGUGACAUUUACACAGAUCUCUUCAUCUGUAUUUGCAUCUUCUCUGCCCUUUUAACUGAACUAAAAGUGAGAAUUUUAUAUUGAGAUGGGUCAUGGGAGAAUACAUUUAAUCAAGUUGGCUUAAAAGUUCAGUUCUAUAUAGUACCUAAAUGUUUUUGUCUUUUAAACUGAGUGUAUAUGCAGGCAACAAUUACAUAUGCUCAGAUAAAUAUACUUGUAAGAGAAAAACUCAAAUAAGACAUCGAAAAACUAGGAAGGAAAUGUAUUCACUAGUAGUUGAUGAGUUAUGUUUUUGAUUUUGUUACUGUUUUGUGUAGCAGUAAAAAUUAGUUUUAUUAUAGUGUAAUUUAUCCUGAACUACACUAUGCCAUUUCAGAAACUGGCUAAUCUUGAAGAUUGUCAUGAUUCACUCCAGUUCAGUAAUUGUUCAUAGUAUUACUUGCUUCUUUCAUUCAUGUUUAUGUCAUUUGAGUACAUAGGUAGGACUUGUGAAACAGUUGCUUGGGUUCCGUUGGUUUAACUGAGGCUCAUGGAUAUUCAGACCUUUGCUAGGGGAAAUAAAUGAAAGCUAAGAAUAUGUUUGCUAUGAAAGAGGGCUUUAAAAAAUAUUAUUUAACAUGUGGUUUACUUAUGUUUGGUUUUAGCAUAGCAUUUACAUUUUCCUGACUAGGUGGCAUAAAGAGCGCAGUGCUAACUUUUGAUAUGACAUCAUUGUCCCCAUCAUCAUAAUUGAGUGAUAGCUUUAAAAGUUUUGUGUUCAAUUAAAAAGUGUCAUAACUGACCAGCCCUAUAUAAAGUGUUAAUUUGCUUGUUAAAAAUGAGCAGCUCUAAUUUGGCUUCAGUGACUAAAGGUGUGGUAGUGUUUGUAAGAGGGAUCCAGUGUAUUUGGAGAAAUGGUGUAAAUGCCACCUAAGGUAAUGGGAAGUCAUUAAGUUCCUAUGUCAGUUGCCAAGUCAUUUAAACUAAGCCCCAGAAGAGAUUCUAGCUGCCAGGAUUUUAAUUUUAUUUGGAGAGCUAAGUUUAUAAGUAUUAGAUUCCUUAAUACUCAUAUUUUGCAGUUUUAGAAAAAGGGAAAUAUUGUUAUGCAUUUAUCAGAUAGAUGUACUUCCCCAGUAUAACAGAAAAGGUAAUAAAAAGGGUAGUAAUUUUUCUGAAUGCUUUAUGUUGAAAUUAUUUGAAGGUAUUUUGUGGCUGUGCCCAUGAAGUGUUUGGAAAAAAUAGGAGGAAUCUUUUUUUUUUUUUUUUUUUUUUCUCAAAAAUGUUAAGUACCAAAGGUAGGUAGGUAGUUUAGUCUACAAAAAUAGUCACUAUUGGCUUUUCUAAUUUGUACUGUAACAUUCUUUUACUUUGUUUUAAGUGUAUGUUUCUCAAACAAUUUAGAUAUUUUUCCAUACCUUUUAUUUUCUGAUGCAGACUUCAGGUUAAUUAAUAUUUUACUGCAUCUGGUAAUGUAUUCUAUGUUUGAAGCCUAGUGACUUUUCAUUUUGAUGUUCUUGUGAUUUCAUAUGCUGUAUUCUCCAAGCAAUAAAAUUCUGAUGUGUUUUAUAAA